AUGGCAGCCAUUGUUGUAUCAUUAGCCACUUCUUUAUCUUCUUCUUCUUCUUCUUCUCUUAAAGCUCUUCGUUCUUCUUCUUCCUUGUUUUUCUCGAAACUAGGACCAGUUAGAUCAGUUGCUGUUCGUGGUUUUGGUUUUAGAGUCGUCUCUUUUGGAGUUGCACCUCAAGGACGAGGGUCCAUUUGUUUUUACUCUUCUGGUAGACGAGAAGGCAAGUUCAUGGCUCACUCUAUUUCUCGUGCCACUCUUGGCCUCACUCAGCCCGCUCAAAUCGAGCCCCCCAAGAUCUCUUUUACUGCAAAAGAGAUUGAUGUGGUGGAAUGGAAAGGGGACAUUCUUGCAGUGGGUGUCACAGAGAAGGACGUGGCGAUGGACGAUAAUUCGAAGUUCAAAAACCCGAUUUUGCGGAAGCUAGAUUCCCAAUUAGGUGGUCUUUUAUCUGAAGCUUCUUCUGAGGAGGAAUUCACUGGAAAAGCUGGCCAGUCAACUGUUUUAAGACUUCCAGGCCUCGGCUCCAAAAGGGUAGGCUUGAUUGGGCUCGGCCAGUCAGCUUCAACUACGAUCGAUUUCAAAAGUCUUGGUGAGUCUGUUGCAGCCGCUGCAAAGGCUUCUCAAGCCAGCAAUGUUGCUGUUGUUCUUGCCUCUUCUGAGGGUCUCUCGAAUGAGUCAAAGCUCACGGCUGCUACAGCACUAGCAUCUGGAACUGCACUGGGGACACAUGAGGAUGCUCGGUAUAAGUCUGAGUCGAAAAUAUCUGUGCUUAAGUCUGUGGACAUUAUUGGUCUUGGAACUGGACCUGAACUAGAAAAGAAGCUCAAGUAUGCUGAAGAUGUUUCUGUUGCUGUUAUUCUCGGAAGAGAGCUUGUGAAUUCCCCGGCCAAUGUACUUACCCCUGUGGCACUAGCUGAAGAGGCUUCAAAGAUUGCUUCCAUGCAUAGUGAUGUUCUUUCUGCGACCAUUCUGGAUGAAGAGAAAUGCAAAGAUUUGAAAAUGGGGUCCUAUUUGGGUGUUGCUGCAGCCUCUGCAAAUCCUCCUCGCUUCAUACACUUGUGCUACAAACCUCCUGGUGGAUCAGCUAAAGUCAAGUUGGCCUUGGUUGGAAAGGGAUUGACUUUUGACAGUGGCGGCUACAACAUCAAGACCGGGCCUGGCUGUUCAAUCGAGACCAUGAAAUGUGACAUGGGAGGUUCAGCGGCAGUUCUAGGGGCAGCAAAAGCCAUUGGUCAGAUUAAACCUCCCGGUGUGGAGAUUCAUUUCGUCAUUGCAGCUUGUGAGAAUAUGAUAAGCGGAACAGGUAUGAGGCCUGGAGACAUUAUCACAGCUUCAAACGGAAAGACAAUCGAGGUCAACAAUACUGAUGCUGAAGGAAGACUUACACUUGCCGAUGCUUUAGUUUAUACUUGUAAUCUUGGUGUAGAGAAGAUUAUUGAUCUGGCAACAUUGACAGGAGCCUGUGUAGUUGCCCUUGGACCUGCAGUUGCAGGUGUCUUUACUCCCAGUGACGAAUUGGCGAAGGAGGUUCUUGAAACUGCUGAUGUCAGUGGAGAGAAACUUUGGAGGAUGCCGUUGGAGGAAAGUUAUUGGGAGACAAUGAAAUCAGGAGUCGCUGACAUGCUCAACACUAGUGUUAAUCGAACAGCUGGUGCUAUCACUGCAGCUUUGUUCUUGAAACAGUUUGUAGAUGAGAAGGUUCAGUGGAUGCACAUUGACAUAGCAGGCACAGCUUUAAGUACUGACAAGAAGCGCGGCGCAACAGGAUUUGGCAUUACAACUCUUGUGGAGUGGGUUCUGAAGAACUCAUCUUAGAUAUAUACAAUACUGGCCGUCUCCGAUUACU